UUUAUUUAUUUAUUUAUAUGUUUGUUUUAUUUGAUGAACAUUUCGCAUUUAUCUAUUAUAUAUAUUUACAUUCCAAGCAUACUUUCGCCAGAAGAAGAAAGUUUGAGACUCUCUUUGGAGAAGUAAAGAUGACCAACUCAAGCUGGUCUGUUGGCAUCUGCAGCUUUGGUGAUGGUUUGGGAACUUGUUGCUUAACUUUGUGCUUUCCCUGCGUUACCUUCGGACGCAUAGCAGAGGUUGUGGAUGACGGCCAGAGCUCUUGCACAGCAGCUUGCUGCAUAUAUGCUCUGCUGAUGUCUAUUCAGUGCCAGUGGCUUUAUUCAUGCACUUACAGAAAGAAAUUGAGGUCCAGAUAUGGGUUGGCUUCUGAGCCUUGCAACGAUUGCUGCGUCCAUUUCUGCUGCGAACCUUGCGCUCUUUGCCAAGAACAUGCUGAGCUCAAGAACAGAGGCCUUGACCCUUCCAAAGGUUAUACUGGUCGUCCAACUGCUGCUCCAACACAGCCUGCUAUGUUCAAAUGAUGUGCUGCUCCAAUCAAAUAAUUUGGCUUUUGUGAGGUUUUCGAUGCAGAUGAAUAAUUUUUUUUUUAAAUAAAAAAUCUUGGCUUUGUCUGUGUGUUUUUACUGUAAAGUUUCGCAUUAAGUGUGUCAUAGGAGAAAUUAUUCUGUGUAGUCACCAGACAAUGUCUUAUAUAUAUAUAUCAGUGUUGUGUACCGCUGCAUACCGGAUUAUGUGGCGGAUACUGAUUUGCCUUUUGACCGUCCGGUGACCGUACAAAAUAAUUUCUCGUGUCAUAGUGCACAUGUGUGUUUAUUUGGAUUCAUGUUUAUGCCAUGAGAA